CAUUAGCAUUAGCUAUUUCUCUCUCUUCUCUCUCUAUUCCCCCACUCUCUCUCGCUCUAUCUAAAAGCUAACCCUUCUCUCUCUAACAUAGUGUUUUGUUUACAUAUUUAUAUAUUUUCUCUCUCUGGAUUCGGUGCUACUGAGAGAAGCCAUCAUACUUUCAACAUUUAUUUGAGUUCUUCAAGGGUUGAAGAAUCUGCUUUGACAUUUUCCUUCUACUGGCAUGUCAUGUGCAUCUUCUGCUCCUCAGAAAUCACAAACUGUUAGUAGCUUAUUUAGUUGGAUAUACAAUUUAAUCUGUAUGCAUUUCUAUAUGAGAUGGGUUCUAGAGAAAGGCCAUUUUUUGAUCUUAAUGAACUUCCUGCUGAGGAGAAUGAAGAGGCCAUAGAUGCUUCGUGCUUCCAGCCUCAAAGGGCCAUGCCUUCUUCAAAUCGACAUACUACUGAAAUGUUUGCAGCAUCACCUGGUCCACAAAAAACAGUGAAUAACCUUGCUUUCUCUCAUGCAUCCACCGCUUCUGGCUUUCAGCCUUUUGUUCGUCCGAAAAGUGCUGCUAUAUCUUUAGUCUGUGCUGAGCAGAUGCGCCCUGUAGAUUUGGGCUUUGAGGUUGCUUCAUUAUCAAAGAUUGCUGUUGGUGAGGAUAAAAUGCAAUCACCAUUGGUAGAUUUAGGUUCUAGGGAAAUUCGGGCUGUUGAAAAGGAAGAGGGGGAAUGGUCUGAUGCAGAGGGUUCUGGUGAUGGACGUGGAGGCAGUGACAGGCGUGAACAGUUUCUCACUAGUCAUGGAAAAGAGUCACAGGAGAAAGCAACAAAAGUAGGGAAUAUGUCUCGCAAUGAUGAAAAGAUCAAGGAUGAAAACAAUGAUCUUAGUUCUUUAGGAUUGGAUCCAGACACUAAUAAUCGAAAAAGCAGUAAUAGCCGAAAUCCAGAAGGCAAUUGUAAGGGUGAUACGUCCAUGGAUGGCCAAGAAGAACUUGGGUUCGUUCCAAAACAGAGGGAGGUUAAAGGCACUGAAGCAAGUCAUGCAUUGAAGUGUGCAAAUAAUUCUGGAAAGCGGCCAAGGUUUGACCAACAAAAGGAAGCAAUGCUAGGAAAAAAGCGUAACAGGCAGACCAUGUUCCUCAAAUUGGAUGAUAUCAAGCAAGCGGGUCCUAUCAAAACAUCAACCCCAAGAAGGCAGACCUUUCCAGCACCCAUUACCGUUCGUACAGUGAAAGAGUCGCGUAACAUUCCACCACCUGCUGAACGCAACGGAGAGAAGCAGAGUCAUCCCAUGAACAAGGAUCCAAAACAGGUUGAUUUAUCAUGUAGUGAAGGAAACACUUUUGCGGAAUCUAAUGAUUCUAUAACUGAAUGUAAUGGUGAUAUGAAUUCAGGACUUCUAGGUCGGCCUAGGAGGCUGAAUAGUGGCACAGAUCUUGCUCCAGAUGUUAACCCUCCUUCCAUAGCAAGGCAGAGUUCAUUGAAGCAGCCCACAGACUCAAGGCAGCUCAAGAAUGCACAGGUCUCUUCUAGGAAGCCAGCUCUAAUCAGUCAGGGUUCCACUGAUGCAAAAUUAGGGACCAAAAAACUGCCUUCCAAGAAGCAAACUGCAGUGAGCACCCCAUAUCAAGACACAUCAGUGGAACGUCUUCUGCGGGAGGUGACCAGUGAAAAUUUUUGGCAUCAUCCAGAGGAGGCUGAACUUCAAUGUGUUCCUGGUCAGUUUGAUUCUGUUGAAGAGUAUAUUAGAGUGUUCGAGCCCUUGCUUUUUGAGGAAUGCCGCGCACAGCUUUACAGCACUUGGGAAGAGCUAACUGAAACAGUUUCCAGAGACUUGCAUACGGUGGUUCGUGUAAGGAGCGUCGAAAGACGAGAAAGAGGAUGGUACGAUGUCAUAGUUCUUCCUGCAAAUGAGUGCAAAUGGACCUUUAAGGAGGGUGAGGUUGCAGUUCUUUCAACCCCCAAGCCUGGGACAGUGAGAUCCAAGAGGAGCAGCAAUUCUGACAUUGCUGACACUGAGGAGCCUGACGUCAGCGGACGUGUAGCUGGAACAGUAAGGCGUUACAUGCCUCCUGAUACUCGCGAUCCUCCUGGGGCAAUUCUUCAUUUUUAUGUUGGAGACUCUUAUGAUCCUAACAGCCAGGUUGAUAAUGAUCAUAUUAUAAGGAAACUUCAGCUCAGAGGCAUCUGGUUUCUAACUGUGCUUGGUACUCUUGCAACUAUCCAAAGGGAAUACAUUGCCUUGCAUGCAUUCCGUCGCCUCAAUUUGCAGAUGCAAAUGGCCAUUCUUCAGCCUAGUGCUGAGCACUUUCCAAAAUAUGAAGAGCAACCUCCUGCAAUGCAUGAAUCCUUCACGCCAAAUUUCUUUGACUAUUUGCGGAGGACCUUCAAUGGGCCCCAGCUAGCAGCAAUUCAGUGGGCCGCAAUGCAUACAGCUGCUGGUACAAGUAGUGGGAAGAAGCAAGAUCCUUGGCCUUUUACUCUAGUUCAAGGACCUCCAGGCACAGGUAAGACACACACAGUAUGGGGAAUGCUCAAUGUCAUACAUCUUGUUCAGUAUCAGCACUAUUACGCUGCACUGCUUAAGAAGCUUGCUCCCGAAAGCUACAAACAGACUACUGACGUAAGCUCUGACAAUGUUGUCACUGGAUCCAUUGACGAGGUUCUUCAAAGCAUGGAUCAAAACCUCUUUCGCACUCUUCCCAAACUAUGUCCCAAACCCAGAAUGCUAGUUUGUGCUCCUUCUAAUGCUGCGACUGAUGAACUGCUUACGCGUGUUCUUGAUCGUGGGUUUAUUGAUGGCGAAAUGAAAGUUUAUCGGCCCGAUGUGGCCCGUGUUGGUGUUGAUUCGCAAACUCGUGCUGCUCAGGCGGUUUCUGUGGAGCGUAGAACGGAACAGCUCUUAGUCAAGAGUCGCGAUGAGGUUUACGGGUGGAUGCACCAGUUAAGAGGCCGUGAAGCUCAGUUGGGUCAGCAAAUAGCUUGUCUACAAAGAGAACUCAAUGUUGCUGCGGCCGCAGGUCACGCCCAAGGGUCAGUUGGUGUGGACCCUGACAUUCUUGUGGCUAGGGACCAGAACAGAGAUACCUUGUUGCAAAAUCUAGCAGCAGUUGUGGAAAAUAGGGAUAAGGUUUUGGUGGAAAUGUCCCGCCUUCUCAUUUUGGAAGGCAAGUUUCGUGCUAAUGGGAACUUCAAUUUGGAGGAAGCGCGUGCAAAUCUCGAGGCAAGUUUUGCAAAUGAGGCUGAGAUUGUUUUCACCACUGUGUCAAGCAGUGGUCGGAGGUUGUUCUCUCGUCUCACUCAUGGUUUUGACAUGGUAGUGAUUGAUGAGGCAGCACAAGCCAGUGAAGUAGCCAUUCUUCCUCCCCUUGCCCUUGGUGCAGCGCGUUGUGUGCUUGUUGGGGAUCCCCAGCAACUUCCUGCAACAGUUAUAAGCAAAGCUGCUGGAACAUUGUUGUACAGUAGGAGUCUUUUUGAGAGGUUCCAGCAAGCUGGAUGCCCUACGAUGUUGUUAUCUGUGCAGUAUAGGAUGCAUCCCCAAAUAAGGGAUUUCCCUUCUCGGUACUUUUAUCAGGGACGAUUAACCGAUAGUGAAAGUGUAGCUAAUUUACCUGAGGAAAUUUACUACAAGGACUCUUUACUUCGGCCUUAUGUAUUUUAUGACAUUACGCAUGGUCGUGAGUCCCAACGUGGUGGGUCAGUCUCUUAUCAGAAUAUACACGAGGCACAGUUUUGUCUGCGAUUGUAUGAGCAUCUCCAGAGAACUUUAAAGUCAUUGACUGGAGGAAAAGUUACUGUUGGCAUAAUCACGCCUUAUAAGCUGCAACUGAAAUGCCUUCAACGGGAGUUUGAGGGUGUACUGAAUUCCGAAGAAGGGAAGGAUAUUUAUAUCAAUACUGUGGAUGCAUUCCAAGGCCAAGAAAGGGAUGUCAUCAUAAUGUCCUGUGUCCGCGCCUCAAAUCAUGGGGUGGGUUUUGUGGCAGAUAUCCGUCGAAUGAAUGUUGCUCUCACUCGUGCAAGGCGAGCUCUCUGGGUUAUGGGGAAUGCCAAUUCUCUGAUGAAAUCGGAUGAUUGGGCCGCAUUGAUCACCGAUGCCAAAGCCAGGAACUGCUAUCUGGACAUGGAUUCUCUCCCCAAAGAUUUCAUCCUACCCAAAUCACUUGCUUUGGCGCCAUCACCUGUUAAAGUCUCCUCCAACUUGAGGGGAUUUAGGUCUGGAGUAAGACACAGAUCAUUUGAUAUGCCCAUGGAGUCUAGAUCAGGCACGCCAUCAGAAGAUGAUGAGAAGUUAAAUGCACCGUUAAUAUUGAAGAAUGGAAAUUACCGACCAUCAAAGCCACCGAUGGGGAAUUCCUCGGAUGAUCUUGAUCUGACGAGUGAAAAAUCCCGGGAUGCUUGGCAAUAUGGAAUUCCAAAGAGGCAAAAUUCAGCUGGGUUUGCCGGGAAGAGAGAUUUGUAGCAACCAGUUGAUGCCUGAAAACUGUCUUUGUGCUUUCUGUGAGCUUCAUAUCGUUAUCACAGUUAGAUUUUUGUUUGCCAAUGGCUCGUAGUUCCAAAAGUCGUGGCUCGGUUUCUUAAUUUUUGGGCUUAGAAUCACUGUGGUUGAAUGUAGUUCCGAGGUCCAAAAGUUGUGGAACGUUAAUUUAUGGCUUAAGCUGAAAACUAUCAAUUUGAAGCUAAGGCUCCUACUGAGAUCAUUUAGACUCCUGGAGUGGAUUGGAGAGUAAACAGGGGAUAUGAAUAGAUGGCUCUCUACUUGAGAACAAUAUUGGUUGCUUCGUGGAUGACCAACUUUGGCUUAACAGAUUGGUACAAUUUCUGACAUGGUGCAGCUUUCUAUCUUGUGGGGUAUUCGGCAUGAAACCCUUCGAACGAAUGAACAGAAGUAAGAAAGGCGGCUUGGGCUAACAGAAUAGAUUGUUGUUAGUUUCCAGGGACCUGAUCACACAGGCUCAAGCCACGGAAACAGCCUCUCCAGAAAUGGGGCUAUGGCUUUGUAUCUUGUCCUAUUUAGACUCCGCUUUAGUGGGAGCCUUGUGCACAGUUGCCCUGUUUUGCGGGAAAAAAAGGUAAGAAACUUCUUUUAAUUGCAUCCAUCCAUUAACUUAGAGUUUCCUGAUUUCCGUUUUCAUCUGAUGAUCUUCUAGAGUUUACUACAAAGUUAUAUAUGCAAUAAUUCAGGAACAAUUGCAUGGUGUCAAGAUGCAUCGUGGGUGGAGCUUCUUGUCCAACUUACCGCAUCAUACUUGGACUAAAUGGGCUUUGGCGAAUUAGAAUGGGAGGAAUAUUUCCCAGUUAUGAAUUGGUGAAUUGUGGGAGGAAUCUUUCCAGUUAUGCAUUGGUGAGUUAGUGUCUUUUCUCACAGCAUAGAGCUACUGGCCUCUGGACCUCGACUCCCGAUUGGAGCGUCCUGCUUCGAAGAUACAUAGAUACAUUUACACAAUGUACAAUUUUGGGAUGUGAGUAUUUUAUCCGGAGUGGUGUUUAAAAUGUUGUAGCAUUAACCUUAGAUUCUUCCAUUGGUUUGAUUUAGUUUUUUGGUACAACAUUAGUUUAAUUUUGGUGAACUGAGAUGCUAAACAUGCAUCCAGUGGGUAUAGAACCAGAUUCUGUAUAAGAAGGUAGGGUACAGUAUCUGUUACAGAGGAACCAUGUUACAGCAGAUGCCAGUAAUGACUUGGUUGUACAUAUUUUCUGCCUUUGAUUAAUGGAAAUGAUUUUCACUCCA